GUGCGAUUCGCAAGAGAGGUUGGACGCGUGGCCUGGAUAUGGGAUCCGAAGAGACAAGGGACCUAGUGGUGAAGCCAAAUCUUUAACAAGCUCGUUUCCCUCACAGGCAUGCUGCUGCCGGAUCCCCGUUUCUUCCCAGCAUCUCCUCGAAAAUUCAACUCUGCCGAUUUCAAAUCGAGCGACCCGAGUCCGAUUCUCGCACACCAGAACCGAUACAUUCUCGAGAAAAAUAUCAUUAUGGCAGAUUGGGAAAAGAAAAGAAGCCACCAGUCGAGCCGUAAGACCGAAGACCCGUCGUCUUCAAGCAGCCAUCGGUCUUCGAGAUCUGCACAUGACCAGAGGCAUGCUCAGUCUUCUAAGACCUACAAAAGCUCUACGUUGUCCAAUAAAGUCGCUUAUCCCGAACUCGAGAGAAGUGGCAAGGUAGAUCGGAUGUCAAAAAGAAGGAAAGAGAAGAGGCCAGCCGCUUCUGAAAGCGAGUAUGAUGUCGAUUGCCGUUCAGAUGCGAACCAGUAUGGGAGCGGUGAGGAUACGGAAGACUCUGUGAAAAGAGAGAAACACCAAGCGCAAGAGGCAAAUUUCAGAAGGGAGGUAGCGGCUUUCAACACGAACAACUAUGUCCGUGAUCACCGCUCGCAGGGGGGCCAAGCAGCAUUCAUUGAUUCGAAAUUACCCUCGGACCAGAGAAAGCGCGAGAGGGAAAGGGCCAUAUAUGAUGUUGAUAAGUUUCACAAGAAGCGGUCUAGGGCAUGA